UCUACGUGCAAAUCGAUCCGUUCAGAAAAUUGUCACCAGACAUUGACCAGACAUCUCGCGUGAUGACCCAAAUAUGGGCAUCACCUCCACCGUUUCACGAACUUUCAAAUCAACUGCGUCUACAUCUACCGUGAUUACAUACAUGUGCAGUUCGUCCUAGCGAUUCUUUUCCAAAACGCGACCUCCAAGAACUUUGCACGUUGCCCAUGUGAACUCGGCCUCCCACUCAUCCAACCAUACUUCACAAGUUGUACACCUCAACCCAGCACCAUUCUGGGUUGCCAGGAAACGCUAUGGGCAAUUCGUCAGAUAUCCAUGCAUGUGAUAUCGCCAAUAUCACAUGCGUGGGUAUCUUAUGAGGAGCGCAUGGAUUUCCGGAUGCCCAAGGUGAGCAUUAGUGCUGAUCCCCAACUGAUCCCUAAAGAUACGAGCCCUGGUCUCAUCCGGAUCGAGAUGUUGAACCUCGGAGCGGAGUAUGUGUGGCGAGAUGCUCUGUAUUUGAAGCAAUCAGGCGGGAUUAGGGAGGAUCUACGCAUAGAAGAGUGGAAAGUCGUUGUGCCCACCACCGGAUCCAUCUAUCGCAGACCUAGUCUUUCGUGCCUUCCCAGCUACGAGAGAUGGGAGGGAGCAGAAGAGCAAAGGUAGGCUCGGCGAGGUCAGGCUGCGGUUCGUUGUACAGGAACUGGACAACAUUUCCAGUGUCCUAGACGAGGAGGGAAGAGGGUCGUCUUGAAGGGAGAUGUUGGGGCUGUCGGACGAGAACAAGGAAGUAUCGGCGUCUAGGUACGAGACCAGUAGUAGAUUAGACUCUGUCGAUGCGACAGGAAGUCAGUACACUUACAUCUAGGGCAAGCUCAUCGAGGCGGUGGUGAGGAAGAGACGGGUCAUGCUUGGGUCAUCCAGCAUAAAACUUGGAAGUUGCCGGUUGGUUGCCGGUGUGGCACA